AUGCUCGAAGUCGAAUUUCUCGAUGAUCCAUGGGAUGAAUUCAAGAAGAAGAAAAGACCUCGAAAAGGCACACCAAAUUAUCAGAAAGCCAAGCUCGAAAUAUCGCUGAUCAAAGGUCAAAUCAUCUGUGCUGUUUUGCUACUUACCACCGCAUGUGCCUUUAUUCUUUUCUACUUAAUUACUUUCAUUCGAGCACGACGCGAAAAUAGGCAAACCUCAGUUCAUGCAGCUUCUCUGCCAAUACAGGCACCGUCUUCGUGGACGACUGGUAUAGCUCCACCACCAUAUGAUUCUAUCACAUUCGAUACUCAAUAUGAAUCGAGCGCACCUUUGGAUCAAUGUAAACAUGGCUAUCAAUGUUCUCAUUGCCGACAAGUGGUGCCAAUUCAUCAUUGA